CUUUUUUCACUGCUAUUCUGACGAAUUGCACUUCCUCCUACGAUGGCGAAGAUCAAGUUGCAAGUUUUGCUUGUGCCGUCGUACUUCGCCAGUGUGCCCACUGCGCUCGUGGACCCCCAUUUGACCAAGAGGUUUCUUCAUCUAGCUGACCCUACCAUUGAGUUGGGCAACAUCGACAAGGAUAUCGAUUCCCGUUAUCGCAAACUUUACCCUGAUGAAAGUCCCUUAAAUAUUGAGAAGCUUCAGGAUAACGAUAACUGUGAUCUCGAUCCCGAGUUCCGGAUCCAAGAUGUCUUGACCAACGGCGAUGUGCUUCGGAUCGUUGUUCGCAACAUUUUCCACCAUAACCCCUCGUCCAUUUCCUCUAAUACUGGAACGCCAUUGAUGUCCAAAUCUUUUGACGUAAUGCAAAGCACUCCAUUGUAUCCCUCGGAACAUUUGUUGCUAGGAGACACCACUCUCCCGAUGACUGGGGGUUAUGCCUCUUCAAAUCACUUCCGGCCACCACAAGAAUUCUUCGAGACUCCUCAUAACAAUAGACUUCUUCUACCUCCCCAACAUCAGCAACAACAAUUUCAGAAUCAACAGCUUCAACAAAAUCAACAAUUUCAACAAAAUCAACAUAAUCCACAAUUUCCUGUUGUUGUGGCUGAAACCCCUAAACUCGUAGUCCGUAAAGGUCGUAGAAGAGCUUCUUCACGCGCUGAUUUUGAUGAAUCCAACAUCUCGCUACCUCCUCCAGAGUCACGUCCUGAUCGGGUUGUCCCCACGAAGCGGAUCGACACCACAAAGUCUAACAGUUCUAUUUCUGGAAGACGUAUCACUCUGGGAAUGUUGACGAUGCCACACCAGCAUCCAGAGUCUGUAGACCAAGACAAUCUCUUUGGUUCGGCUACGAGGGAUACAUUAGUUCCUCAUCUGGUGACGAUUUCAGACUACGAAGAUGAAGACGUCGACGAUACGGAGGUGCCUUUGGUAAAGAAAAAGGGAAGACCAGCCAAGAAGAAGCGUGGCCCCAAGCCUAAAGUAGUGGCUCCAACGCACAAUAUGAGCGACUCGGAUGAGACGUUGCCCCAGCCCAAGCCGAAGAGACGUAUAGGACGGCCCAAGGGCUCAAAGAACAGACAGCCUCGUACUGUAGAUGACACUCUCUCGAAGCUGGAGAUGAUAGAAAUGAUCAAGAGCAGUAUGAACGACACAGGCAGUACACGGGAGCGCGUGGUUGCUCCUCCUCAACCUAUAGUUAAGACUCCGGCACAGGCUGCUAUAAUCAAAAGUCUAGAAAUAACCAUGAACGAUACGCCAAAGUCUAGGAAAAGAACUGCUAAGCCUGUAGGAAGGCCUCCUAAUAAAGUAACCAAGCCUACUUCCAAAAGAAACUCUAUUGUAUCGCCUGUGACUGAAAGCAAGUCAAAGCUUUUGGAAUCUAAGCAUUUCAAUAGCAAAGAUAUUAAUAAUACAGGUGUUUCAGUACAAGAAAGCAUUAACUCCAAUACUGAUAGUCACGAUGUAACAGGAACAAAUGGAGAGUCUUCGCACGUGAAUUUUGCUAAUGUUUCAUCUCUUUUGGAGAAAAGCAACGGCCAGGAACUGAAGAGUGACAUAGUCGUUGACUCAAAUGAAGAAGAGGAUAUUUAUGUGGAUACUUCUCUGACCUUGGGUCGAUUGUACAUGAAAAUGAAGAACUUUGAAAAUAGAAUAAGGCUGCAUACUUCUGAUGUCACCGGUUAUCCAAAGAAAAUGUCUCCGGAGCCCAAUAAUGAUGAUAAUGUGAUAAACUCGGCCAUUUUGAAUCCUACGAUUAAUCUCGUUAUGCAUAUGAGAAAUACGGUUCCAAACGUCCCUGCAGCUCCUCCAAAUCGGGUUACUCCUUCGAAGCCAGCAUCUACAUAUACUCCAAAACCAGGUUCGAGACCAAGAGGUAGACCUCCUAAGAAUCCCAGAGUUACUCCUAUUAAAAAGGAUACCAAAGUUUCCAAGGUUGAAGCGGCUGCAGCCAAGAGAGCUCCUAAUACCACGAUAGUAGCUUCUCCAGUUGUUGGAGCUACGGCUGUCAGUAGCUCAAUUCCAAUUGGUGGCGAAAAAACGGAAAGCAUUGAUUCUCAUGCUUCCACUUCAACUUCAGCAGCAAUACCUGAUGCUUUAGGUACCCAAACCACAGAAUACUCUGUUAUCCCAAACCUGAACCCCCAUGCUGGACUUGAGAGUGGAGUAUCACAAUUGCAUAGCAAUAACAACAACAGUAGUAAUAAUACCAGUAACAAUAAUAAGGCUACAGUUGAGCAAGUUUCGAAUGGGAUUUUAUUGGAGAAUUCUCGCCCAUCUGGUUCUCCACCUGCGGCACAAGUUGCGGCUCCACGAGUCUCACAUCCCAUUCCAACUUCUUCAUUCUUUUCAAAUCUGACUCCAACUACUUAUAAUGAAUCAGAAGUCAUAGAUAGCAAAGUCAACACAUAUGGCUCUCCUUCAACAUCUGCUACUUCGACUAUUGCUACUCAGCCUGUAGAACACAAGAAUGGAAGCACACUUUCUAACUUAGUGCACCAAGGUGAACGGGAUGCAACUGUUCAUAAUGUUGACGUCGCAUUCUCAAAUAAUUUGGGUGAUGUCGCUACUAAUGGUACAAACUCCGUUGGGGCCCUUCAGUCAGUUGCUGUUGUAGAAUCAACUAAUAAUGUAUUCAUAGAAAACCUGGGACUGAAGGUAGCAGAGUCUACUACUGGUCUGAACUUUCCUGAAAAGAUUUUGUCAGCUAAAGUUGAAGAAACAGGUUCCGAUAAACUAGGAAUUGACAGCAAAAAACGUAUGAAUGACUCGUCUUCCGGAGAAUCGAGUGAUGAUGGCUCUUCUGAUUCCGAAGCAGAAUCUAAAAAGAAGCCACGUUUGGUAGCCUCAAUUCCUUCUCUCUUACGUAGAUCGCAAUCGCCCAUUUCGGCAAUCGUAUCUACUGCUAAGAAUAUUGUAGCUGAUGCUGCUGUGGUCCCUCAACAAGCGAAGACGCCUGCUAAGGCAUUCCCUAGUUUCAAUGAUUGGGUCGCUUCGAAACCACCAGUGGGACCAGGUGCCACUGCUAUCUUGAAUAGGUCGCCCUCUGCUUUUGGUCCGGAAAAGACGACUGUGAGAAAGCCUAUCUUGUCGUCGUUGGAGGAUUUGGCCACUCGGGGAGUUCCUGACGUGAAAGAAUCGACAACUAAAGAAAGUACUCAUGGAACUUCAGCUACGAAGAAGAAUGUGUUUGAAGAUGACGAUGAUUCAGACGAAGAUGAGACUAGCAGUGAUGAUGAUGGCUCAGAUGAUGACUUCAGCGACGAAAGCGGAGUAAACGAUGGAUCUGAAAAGUUCCUUAGUAUGAAGAAGGCUGUGGCCAGGAAAAACAAGGCCAAGAAGAACUUGUUCAGCAGCUUGAGAAGAUAGUGAUGAAGAAAUGAUUUGCUACAUUUAUCGCUAUAUGAUAUGAUUUUCAACGCUUGUACACUAGUAAGAGAUGUAUAUUUUAGAACAUAGAUUAAAUAAUGUAUCAUCAUAGUUUUUUUUUGAUUAGCU